GUAUUCGUAACAUAAUGAAUUCAUUCACUCUGGAUUAUGAGAGACAGAAAGUUGAGCAACUAUGGUGGCGGUGAUCAUUAAAACUCAGAGACUAAAAGACUAACGAUGUCGUGUUAUUUUGUUCCAACAAUGUUAAGAUAUUCGUUGCUAUUGCAUUGCAUAAUAAGGUUUAUAGUAGCAUUAGAUCCGCUGUCGAUUUUAAUGGUGCAGCCUCUCGCGUCAACUAGUCACCACAUAUGGACGAUGCCUUUACUAAAAAAUGUUCUACGUAGGGGCCAUCACGUACACAUAGUGAGCAUUCAUGAAGCUAAAGUCGAGGAUGAACUCGUACAAAAUUUGACUUCUAUAGUUUUCGAUGAUAUGAUGAAUAAACUGUUUAAAAGCGAUGAUUACAAUCCAAUCGAAUGGAAAGAAUUUAAUACAUUUGAGACAAUACAGUUUGUAUAUGAUUGGGGAUAUGACAUGUGUGAAAAAAUAAUAAAUACCAAAGCAGCGAAGGAACUUUUGGAAACGGUUAAAAAUAUUGAAUUUGAUGUCAUAGUGCAAGAUGUUACGUUAAAUCAAUGUCUAUAUGGAUUAUGGGAGGUUGCCAAGGGCAAGCCGCCCGUAGUGGGUUUUAUUCCAUUCGGUUCUGCAUCGUGGCUCAAAGAUUAUGUCGGUGGUUCUAAUUAUCCUACAGUUCGACCUCACUGUCAUUUUGGUAUUGCAAGGCCAGAAGGUUUUUGGCAAAGAAUGUGGAAUGUCAUUAAUUAUAUAAUUGACGAUCUAACCCGAAAUUACUAUUAUUUACCCAAAACUCAACAGCUCGCUCAACGUUACGUUGGUCACAAAAUUAGACCAUUAUCCGAAAUAGAAAAAGAUAUUGGUAUUGUACUAAUUAAUAGUCAUCCUGCAUUCGAACCUGCAAUUCCUUUGCCGCCAAAUGCGAUAGAAAUUGGAGGAAUGCAUGCACAAAACUCGCAAGGAAUUAUCGAUGAGAAGGUACGUAAUUUUCUUGACGGGGCAAGGAAUGGUGCUGUUGUAAUAUCGUUAGGAACCAAUGUGGCCUGGAAAACUGUUGGAUUAAAUAAACUUAAGGCCGUUGUACUUGCUCUAUCAAAAUUGAAACAACGAGUACUUUGGAAGUUAAAAGUCAAGGAGUCACUCGAAAUGCCAAAUAAUGUAAUGACUGUAAAAUGGAUUCCUCAAGGCGAUAUUUUGACUCAUAAGAAUGUAAAAGCAAUUUGGACACAUAGUGGUCUUCUUAGCACACAGGAAGCCAUCUGGCAAGGUGUACCAGUGAUUGGAAUGCCUUUUUUUAUGGACCAAAGGCCUAAUGUGGAAAUCCUGGUGGCUAAAGGUGCUGGUGUACACUUGGAUUUUGAAACUUUGUCCACGCAAACUAUUUUAGAUGCAUUUAAUAAAGUACUUUAUAACGAAAGUUAUCUAAAAAAUAUGAAGCAAUUAUCUCGUGAAUUUCGAGAUCGGCCACUACCGCCUUUAGACUUAGCGACUUGGAGCAUCGAAUAUACCGCCCGUCAUCCAAAAGGAACCUUAGCAUCACCGAUUAGAUUUCAAAGUUGGGUACACCGGACGCAGGUCGAUAUUUAUAUGUUUUUAUUCUUCUCUUUGAUCAUAAUCGUAUCUAUUAUAUUCCUUACGUUAAAGAUAUUAUUUAAUUUUUAUUGUCGUUAUAUAUAUAAAGUGACUAAAUCACAUAAAAAUAAACAGAUGUAA